UCAAUCAUGCAAUCUCUUAGCCAUUACAUUUGACCUUAGGUAGGUCAUCACGUUUUUGAUAUUUCAAUUUUAUAUUUUAUCAACGAAAAAUAUCUGUACUUGUAAUUUCUGAAGGUUGCGCGAACUUAUGAUUACGCGAAAUCAAAUAAUAUAGUAAGUUAUAGUAAUUUCAGUUUGCUCUGCAGUGACAGUUCGAAAGCGGCCUUUAAAGUGUCAGGUCGUAGGAAGAGUGUUACGUGGUGCGAGAACAACGCGUAACGUGAAAGUUUUUGUUACUGCUGCUGUUUGCGUUCGAAAGUUCUUCGAUAUAUCGAUAAUUACUUGGAAUUUGUGAUAACUUGUAUAUUUUCAAAACAAUAAAAUUUUAAAACAUGUCGGCCAAAGCCAUAAGGGAAGCGACAGGUAAACAACUCAUCAACAAACAUCUUGGAGGUAACACGGCCGCCGCGCAAUGCAGAUUCGCGUCAGUGGACGAGAACACGAAGUUCGCCGAACUGGUGGCCAAUAAUCCAUGGUUGAAAACCGAAAAACUAGUCGUUAAACCUGAUCAACUCAUCAAAAGGAGAGGAAAAUUAGGACUGAUAGCUGUAAAUAAAGAUAUACCUUUCGUGCAAAAUUGGAUAGCAGAACGUAUGAACAAGGACCAGAAGGUCGGCAACGCGACAGGCAAACUACGAAGCUUUAUCAUCGAACCCUUCAUCCCUCACAAGGAACAAGAAGAGACGUACGUUUGCAUAUACUCACACCGGUCCGGCGACACCAUCUUGUUCUAUCAUCAAGGAGGCGUCGAUAUCGGAGAUGUCGACAGCAAGGCUGUCAAAUUGGAGGUUCCUGUUGGCGAUACUAUCGACGAAGCUAGUAUUACAAAAGUUCUACUAGGCGAAGUAUCUGCAGCCAAAAAACCGAUGAUCGCUAAAUUCAUUUACAACUUGUACAAAUUAUACGUCGACUUAUUCUUCACCUACCUUGAAAUUAAUCCGUUAGUAGUGACAGACAAGGAAAUAUACAUUUUGGAUUUGGCGGCGAAAUUGGACGCCACCGCCGAUUUUGUUUGCAGGCCACAAUGGGGUGAGAUCGAUUACCCCCCGCCUUUCGGACGGGAUGCGUUCCCAGAGGAAGCGUACAUUGCCGAUCUAGAUUCCAAAUCGGGUGCCAGUCUUAAGCUCACCAUUUUAAACAAAUCCGGCCGAAUAUGGACUAUGGUAGCAGGAGGCGGAGCUUCCGUAAUCUACAGUGACACAAUUUGCGAUUUGGGAGGCGCAAGCGAACUAGCCAAUUACGGAGAAUAUUCAGGAGCCCCCACCGAACAACAAACCUAUGAAUACGCGAAGACCAUCCUUUCGUUAAUGACCCAAGAAAAGCACCCGAAAGGAAAGGUAUUGAUCACGGGGGGAGGUAUCGCCAAUUUCACCAACGUGGCCGCUACCUUCAGGGGUAUCAUUACCGCUCUGGUCGAAUUCAGAGAGAGACUCAUCGAACACAAAAUAUCCAUUUUCGUCAGAAGAGCCGGUCCCAACUAUCAAGAAGGUCUCAGAAGAAUGAGAGAAGUUGGACAGACAUUAGGUAUUCCAUUGUACGUUUUCGGUCCCGAAACCCACAUGACCGCCAUUUGCGGUAUGGCUUUGGGUACUCGUCCCAUUCCAUCUGAAAACAACGUCGAGACAGCGACGGCUAAUUUCGCUUUGCCUAGCGGCGAAAAAGAACCUAACAAGCAACGUUUGACCAGCCAAGCUACCAGACCUCCUGCCAUUCCACCCAGAGCCACAACGGAAAAUGUACCCACCCCUGCACACAUAUCACCACCAUCAAAUUCACAGGGCGACGCCAAAACGACGCCGAUGUUCACCAAAACCACCAAGGCCAUCAUCUGGGGCAUGCAGAACAGAGCCAUCCAAAGCAUGCUCGAUUUUGACUUCGUCUGCACCCGUAACGAACCCAGCGUGGUAGCCAUCAUCUACCCGUUCACCGGCGAUCACAAACAGAAAUUCUAUUGGGGCCACAAGGAAAUCCUCAUUCCCGUAUACAAGCAAAUGAAAGACGCCAUGAACAAGCACCCAGAAGCCGACGUUCUCGUUAACUUCGCUUCGCUGCGUAGCGCUUACUCCAGCACCGUGGACACCUUGGAGUUCCCCCAAAUCAGAACCAUCGCCAUCAUCGCAGAGGGUAUCCCCGAAAACUACACGAGGAAACUCAUUAAAUUAGCCGAUGAAAAGAAGGUUUCCAUCAUUGGUCCGGCUACUGUCGGGGGCGUGAAACCGGGUUGCUUUAAAAUUGGUAACACCGGAGGUAUGAUGGAUAACAUCUUGCAUUCCAAAUUGUACAGACCCGGUAGCGUGGCUUACGUGUCCAGGUCCGGGGGUAUGUCCAACGAAUUGAACAAUAUUGUGUCUAAGGCGACGGAUGGAGUAUAUGAAGGUGUCGCUAUCGGUGGGGACAGGUAUCCUGGAACUACUUUUAUGGAUCACAUCAUGAGGUACCAAGCUGACGAUAAUGUCAAAAUGAUUAUUCUUCUUGGUGAAGUUGGCGGUACAGAAGAAUACCAAGUAUGCGAAGCUUUGAAAAAGAAGUUCAUCACCAAACCUUUAGUAGCAUGGUGCAUAGGAACGUGUGCCGGUAUGUUUACAUCAGAAGUUCAAUUUGGACACGCCGGUUCCUGCGCCAAUUCAAAUCAAGAAACAGCUACCGCCAAGAACGAUGCUUUAAAAUCAGCUGGGGCACAUGUACCUGAUUCUUUUGACUAUCUAGGCGAUAUCAUCCAGAAUGUAUAUGAAAAAUUAGUGAAACAAGGCAUUAUUGUGCCAAUGCCGGAACUACCCCCACCAACGGUACCAAUGGAUUACAACUGGGCUCGUGAAUUAGGUCUUAUUAGGAAGCCAGCCAGUUUUAUGACAUCCAUUUGUGACGAGAGGGGACAGGAACUUAUUUAUGCAGGUAUGCCAAUCUCUGACGUCCUCCAAAAGAACGUGGGCAUCGGAGGAGUAAUUUCUCUUCUAUGGUUCCAAAGAUGUCUGCCGCCAUAUGUUUGCAAAUUCUUCGAGAUGUGCUUGAUGGUGACAGCCGAUCACGGUCCAGCCGUAUCCGGUGCUCACAAUACGAUCGUUUGCGCACGUGCUGGCAAAGAUUUGGUGUCCAGUUUGGUGUCCGGUUUAUUGACCAUCGGUGAUAGGUUCGGUGGAGCCUUAGAUGGAGCCGCCAAGAUGUUCAGCGAAGCCUAUGAUAAAGGCAUGCACCCUGCGGAAUUCGUCAAUGCGAUGCGAAACAAGGGCCAACUCAUCAUGGGAAUUGGCCACCGAGUGAAAUCCAUCAACAACCCCGACCAGCGCGUCAAAAUAGUCAAAGAAUUCGUAAUCGCCAACUUCCCUGCCACGCCUCUUCUACUCUACGCGCUCGAAGUCGAAAAGAUCACCACCAGCAAGAAACCUAACCUCAUUUUGAACGUCGACGGCGUCAUCGCUUGCGCAUUCGUCGAUAUGUUGAAGAAUUGCGGUAGUUUUACGCCAGAAGAGGCGCAAGAGUACAUCGACAUUGGAGCCAUCAACUCGUUAUUCGUGCUUGGCAGGUCUAUUGGUUUCAUCGGUCACUACAUGGACCAGAAGAGGCUGAAACAAGGAUUGUACAGGCAUCCAUGGGAUGAUAUUUCCUACGUUCUUCCGGAACAUUACAACAAUGAUAAUUAGAAUGCAUUUAUUGAUAUAUAGACAUUAAACAGUUUUAAAGUAGGGCCUAUAAGUAAAUGUUAGGAAACAGAGGCCUGCACUUCAGAGGUAGGAGAUGUUUAAAUAAAAAGUUAAUGUCGAAGCUGUGAAAUACUCUGGAAUACGUUGAUGAUUUGAAAUUAGCUGAUCGCCGCUGAAGUGUGAAAAAAUAUUUGAUAUAAAAAUGCAGUAUCCGAUAAAUAAUUUUCUCUUAUCUUAGUGUACUAGUCUCGGUCUGGGAUACAAUCUGGUGAUUUAAAAGCAUUCUGUUAUAUUCUUUCUUUAGUCAUGAUAUUUUCAACCUGCAUACUCAUUUUUUAUGCUUUUUUUGUAUUAUAGAAAUUCUACAAUUGAUUUAUCUUUUCUCUAUUUCAAUAGAUAUCAAUAUUUGUAUAUUUGAGUGCUUGUACAGUGCAGAGAAUGGAUAAAUCGCAAAUAUUUUACAAUCAAUACAUACUGUAAGAAGUCUAUAGUGCACAUAAUUACAGAGUAGUUCAAAUAAAUCAAAUUACGACGAUUUUGUACAAGCCAUGUCUGUGUAGUUUAAAUGAGCCAAAUUACGACGCUUUAUUCAAUGUUCAUACCAGUAGCUCAAAUAAACUAAAUGACAACGCUUUUGUACUAAAAAAUAGCAAAGUUGUUAAAGAAACUUUUAAAGUUUUUUCAUGAUUGUAGAUAAUUUACUAGAUCUUACUGGCUCGUUUGUACACAAAUAUAUUAGGAGAAAAUUGCUUUAUCCAGUUGCAUACUGUAAAUAUUUCUUCAUACAGUUCUGAGUAUAAUUUCAUGGUGUAUAACUGCUCUUGCCUCGAGCAUCUGACGUAACAGUUGGUCGACGGGUGCAACUUAUUCAUGCACAGUCAAAGUUUUAAAAAAAAUCACGAUGUUAAUGUAAAAAAAUGCACUAAUUCAAUAUAUUAGGUGAAAAUUUUAAAAACCAUUUUUUUUUCUUAAUAAUUUAUUAGUUUCCAAUUUGUAAUUUAUAUUUUUAUAUGUAUGUUUAUUGUAAAGUGACGACAGCAGCGUUAGUUUAUUAAGAAACUUGGCAUAUAUUUUUAAAAGAUGGAUAAUUGUGUGUGUUUCUGACGCACAAGCUGGUUAUGUAAUUGUUUAUUUUAUUAUUCAAAUAAAGUUUUCAAUUAAACUGUUAUUGU